GCGAACACACAAUGUUCAUUCGCAGGGAUCGUUUCCUGAGCAUGAUGUGUGCUCGUUGUCCCGCAGGUCACUUUCCAGUGUGUCACAUCCUUCUGCACAAGGGAGAGCAGGAAAUGGCAAACUCCCAGUAUGAGGCAAAGCAUUCCCACUGCAGCAAUUGGUCCACGGGAGCUAUAAAUUGGUCUCCUCCAGAAACAGACCAAAAUUUGUCUGUGGGGAGGUCAGCCAGAAGCUAAAGACAGAGGCCAUGGAGAGGAAUGGUGCUGCCCGCCCCCAGACGCCAGACCCCACGCACCACUUCCACAUAGCGCUGCUGGAUCAGCGACGUAGGCUGCGAGGUCAGAUUGCUCACCUUCACAAGGCAGCUCGCAAAAUCAACAAGCUUCGCAAAAGAUCCCUGAUUGCCAACAUCAGUGGGAGCUCACUGACAGCCGUGGGAGCAGUCACGGCCAUCGUGGGACUGUCCCUAAGCCCAGCUACACUGGGAGCCUCCCUCCUGGCAUCGGCAGUGGGUUUGGGCUUAGCCACUGCUGGGGGAGCUGUCAGCAUCACCUCCGAUCUCUCUGCCGUGCUCUGCAAUUCCCGGGAGGUGAAGAAGGUGCAGGAAAUUGCAAUGACUUGUCGGAAACAGAUGAGGGAAAUCCUCGGCUGCCUGGAAUUCCUCCGCCGUGUGCAGGGCCCAGGGGACCCCAAGCUUCUCCAGUCAGAGAAGAGAGCAUCCAUCUCCCUGUAUAAUUCUGUCUGCUUCAUGGUCUUCUGUGGCUCCCACAGCUUCCUUGUGCCAGAAUACACAAAAGAGGUCACAAAAGUGAGCCAGGCCAUGCUGAAGGCCAAAAUCCAGAAGCUGGCUGCCAACCUCGAGAUCUGCACCAGAGCAAUGGAUGAAGUCUGUGAACUCCUUGAGACCAGGACAGAGCUUUCCCCACGGAUGAGGAAACUCGGCUUGGGUGCUAGAACCACCACUGAGACCCCAAGACCAUCCAGUUGAAACAGCAAUUGCCCUGUAAUGAAACCAGGCUUGAAAACACUACGUAAUUGUCACCAUUAGCACUGCUACCUGUUGCUGUUGUAAUAUUGGUGGUGCUCAUCCACAUAGAUACACACAUCUCUUGUGCCUUAUUUAUAUUUGAACACAAACCUCUCCCUGAUAUCAAGACAGAGUUUACACACACACAC